AUGAAAUCUCUGGUUCUUGGUUAUGAGAGAUUGGCUCUCAUCGUGUUAGGAGGUGGUUGAUGCUAUUCUUGAGUUGGUCAUGGACAUCCUUGGUUUUUGGCCGGUUGCUUGUGCUUUUAG